AGAAAACAAUGUAACCAAAUGCGUUAGUAAGUUUGCCAUAUUUUGCAUGUCAUGUCGAUUUAAAUUUAUCGAUGAUAAAAAUUGCCUUUUUUUAGAAAUUUAUUUAAUGAAUUAUAAUUUCACACGAGCAGUCGCAGAAUUUACUAGUAAGUAGCAAAUUAAGCAGAGACAACAUCGUGCAGAUAAAAUGGCUGCCGUUAUUGAAACAUGCAAGCCUACAAAUCCGCCACCUGCAUCGAAGGUUCAGCGGCCAAAACGCGACUUCCUCCGAGAGCAUCGGGAAUACUUGCGCAAUAUUCAAAAUCAAAAAGCUGCUAAAUCGAAAGAUACGAAAAAUUCUUUUGUAGGGAGGAUAAGUAAAGAAGUAAAUGGCAAUAUGUUGCUGGGAAAUAAGCAAACGGCAGGAAAUCUUAAUAUCACCUUGAAAUCCAAAGAUCUAAUGCAUUUGGCAAGGAAAGCGGAUCGAACUUCAACGAGGCAACCAAUCGAAAAACAGCCAGGGACAUUCAUAUCGAAGGGCGUUGAACAGAGAAAGAGAGCUGGCGUUAUCCAUAGCAAUUCGCUCACGUCUGAUCAAUUUGCGCAAACUUGCGACAUUGAAGGAGAAACGUUUUUAGAAGGAGCGAGACUGCUGUCCCCUUCGGAAUUUGUUCUGGAAGCUAUUCGAAUAAAGUCGCAACCUCCUCCAGAACCUAAGCCAAAGCCAAUAAAGCGCAAGAUUGACAGGCACACAUGCGUUCUCAAUGCCCAUUUAUCCAAUUUGAAGGAGUUUUUGGAGAAGGGAUCAGUUUCACGAAGGAAAAAAAGUGAAAUUCAGAGAAAUUCUAAUAUUCAGAAGUUUCUUGUUCGUGGUCGUAUGAAUGUUCGUGGUGGAACGACUCGUCCGAAUUUCUUCGAAGCUGAAACGUCUUCUGAAGGAUGUAAGCUAGCGACGAUUCCCAAAAGAGAGUCAAUAGGUGAUGGCCCUAAACAUUCUGAAGAUCUAAAAAUUCGCACUAAAUGACAAAUAAAGGUCGCUGCAUCACAAAUCAAAAUUAGAGUUUUAUUUACAAUAACGUACAAUUUACAGCUGACCCGGCGAGCUUCGUACCGGUAC